UUUUGAUGUGGGAGGACGGUUAAUUAGUUAAAUUGUUUAAAUUAAAUUGUAUUGUUAGUGUAGAUUGCUGAGUAAUCGUCAGCACGUAGUGUACAAAAUAUGAAUCUAUAACAACAAAAGAGGAUCCAAAUAUUUUCAAUUAUGUUUGAAUAAACGUAAUCUGAAAAUUAGUUAUAACUCAGUACAAAUACAAGAAAAUAAUAUUUAAACGUGACGAACGUACACAAUGGUGUCGGCUCAGAUGAAGAGUGGGCUGCUGAUGGGCUUCGGCUCGUUCAUGGUGGUCACGGGAGCUAUCAUGGUGGUCUUUUGGCCGUCCAUGUUCUUCGCACAGUUGAGGAGAAUGAUGACCCUAUCGCCGACAUCAACAUCCUUCGGCAUAUGGCGGGAAGUGCCGAUCCCUAUGUACCUGGAGUGCUUCAUGUUCAACAUUACCAAUGUCGACGACAUUAAGGCGGGGAAGGACGUGAUGCUAGAGGUGGAGCAAUUCGGGCCCUAUGUGUACAGAGAAUUCCAUUUAAAGGAGAACAUAACGUGGAAUGACAAUAGCACGGUCACAUUUUACAACAAGCGGUCGUGGAUCUUCCAGCCAGAGAUGUCCAACGGCAGCCUCUCCGAUCUCAUCACCAGCAUCAACCCUAUCAUCGCGACGGUGGCGUACGUUUUGCGUCAUCAGCCCGAGUACAUCCGCCUGCCCGUGGACAUCUUCAUGCGGAUGUACCACGAGCACUUGUUCAUGACGGCCAACGUGUCGUCGUGGCUGUUCGACGGCAUCGACGACCCCAUACUGGACCUCGCGCAGCGCUUCCCCGACUUGCCCAUCGAUAUCCCGUACGACAAGUUCGGAUGGUUCUAUACGCGCAACCUUUCCUUGGAGUUCGACGGUGUUUUCCUCAUGAACACGGGAGCGAGCGACUUCUCCCAGCUGGGUAACGUGGAGAAAUGGAAGAACUCCAACACAACGGUGUUCCGGGACGAAUGCGGGGAAGUGAGAGGCUCUACGGGGGAACUGUGGGCCCCAGAGCUUGGCCAACCCGAGGUUACGAUCUUCGCUCCUGAUAUUUGCACAUAUAUGGUGCUCUCCAAAAGUGGACCAAUCACGAUACAGGGUAUCGAGGGAGUACAGUACGCAGCCAAUGACUCUUUGUUUGACAAUGGGCACAAUUACCCUCAUAUGGCAUGUUACUGUGAUGCAGUGAGGGACGAGAACUGUCUGCCCGCGGGCGCUUUGAACGUUUCGGCGUGUCGCUUCGGCGCUCCGGCCUUUGUGUCGCAACCGCACUUCUACAACAUGGACCCGCACUACGCGAACAAGAUUAAAGGUCUCAAGCCCACCGAGGACAUGAACUUCAAGCUAGCGCUAGAAAUGUAUACGGGCAUGCCGCUGCAGGUGGCGGCGCAGCUACAGAUCAAUCUACUAGUCAGACACGUCACAGCCUUCACCCUAAACAACCAGCUGCCAGACCCUGAUACCCUGGUACCAAUGUUCUGGUUCCGGCAAGAAGUCAUGAUGGACGACCAUUUCUCCAGACUUGCGAGGUUUGCGCUCAAUCUGAAGAGCGGGAUGCCGUACGGGUUUUAUGCGCUCACGGCGAUUGGAGUGGUACUCCUCAUAGCAGGCAUUGCAAUCUUAAUACGCAAGCUGCUGCGCUCGUCCGAAGACCCGCCAAUACUGACUAACCAACAGGACGACAUAGUGACGUAGUUAGCUACAAUAGGACGAAAUAAUGACGGAGUUAUUUACUAAUAGGACGAGAUAAUGACGAAGUUAGUUACUAAUAGGACGAGACAAUGACGAAGUUAGUCACUAAUAAGACGAGAUAAUGACGAAGUUACGGACGAAAUUAAGGGUAGUGAUCAAUGAUAUUAUACAUACGCGGGCUGAUGGCCAAAAUUGUGUUUCUUUUGACACGCGUGUAAUGGCUUAGCGCGAUAUGUCCGAUAAAAUAUGGGUUCCUUUUUUCGUAUUGAGGUACGGGACCCUAAAAAAUUAUUGAAAUUUAAAAAGUCUUAAUAUUGUAACACCUUGUUUAUACUGCGUAGUUUGAUAUUUCCAAACAUUAUGGCAUUUUGCGUUUUUGGCGUUACACUUGUUUGAUAUCUUUCACUAUCGUAAAAAUGCCAAAAUUUUAACUUUGACAUUUUGCGAUUUUGGCGUUGUGUAUCUAAAUGAGUCAAAGUACGUAUAUCUUAGCCACAGUAACGUAGUUAGGAACUAAAUAUAAUAAAUUGUUAUAUUUUGAAAAUGAGAUACGAUAUUGUAGUAGUUAGGAAUCAACAUUAGGGGCAUUUUUAUGGAUUACAGUUUUACACUCACCAUUUUACUGGAGACGUUUAAAAGUCACGAUUCGCAGCACACGACAAAUCGUCAACUUGUUUUAUCGUGGUGACAAAGUAACCAUUCUUACAGUUAAAGUACGCCAGAUUUCAACCAAUGGUUAACAAAAGUAUAUGAGGCCAUGAGAACCAUAGUGUCCUAACAAAAUUUUCUGCCAUAUGGAGAGUAUGAUUCAAAACUGUUAAAAAUAAUUUUGAUUAAACCAGAGUGGCCUAAAAGCCAAUAAAUAUUCAAUACAUGUCAGUUUAUAAUUCAAUUUUGAAGUUGCAACCCGCAAUAAUAUGUAAAAUAGACCACAAUGGUUUUAGCUCCAGCUUAAUAGGUCUAUAUGCUAGCUCCUGCUGACUAAGCCACUAUGGUUGUAUGUCCAGCUAAUUAGGCCAAUAUGGUUCUAGCUCUAGCUGAUUGGGCCAAUAUGGUGCUAACUUCAGCGAAUUAGGCCGUUAUGGUUCUGGCUCCAGCUGAUUGGGCCAAUAUGGUUCUAACUUCAGCUGAUUAGGCCACUAUGGUUCUAGCUCCAGCUAAUUUGAUCACUGUGGUUCUAGCUCCAGCUAAUUCGGCCACUGUGAUUUUAGCUAAAGCUAAUUAGGCCACUAUGGUUCUCAUGGCAUCUCAUAACAAUAAUUAUAAAUAAUUAAUUGUAAAAUAAGUCAAUAAUAAUAUUGGUGCUAUAUUUUUCUGUUGAUUGUAAAUUAUAGAAAAUGUACAUAAAAGCUAGGUAUACUUGUUAGAUUUUAUUUAGUAGCUUAAAUCUUGUUAUGUCAAGAUGUGAGGGCGACUGCCCACAUAUUUUUUAAACCUAUACAGCCUUAAUAUUAUAUCAUUAGUGAUACUCCAGGCGAUGUUUGAACUAGCGUUAAUGUUUUAUUUUCUUGCCACGGACCUUUUAUUUAUGCUAUUUUUGAUGAAAUUCGUUCAUUGCCGGCCUAAAGGUCGAUCGCACUUUGGGUGCGUUUUCGUACGAAUUAGACUCUAGUAUAAGUAUUUUUUAAGUCUAGUCCAGUGUUACAAAGUUCUGAUUUCGGAAUUCUUUUUUUUAAUAUAAACGUGAAUAUAUGUAUGCACGAUAUUUCGUCACUAUGUAUAGUGCCCCGCAAACCACUUGGACCUGAAGAGUAGUGGGAGAAAGUUGGCGAAUCCGGGAAGCGAAAGUCGACGUAUCACCAAUAGCGUGCACCCGCCCUUCGCCAGCCAAUCACGUCAAUGCUCAAGUUGUUUGCCGGGCACUGUACAUGAAACGUGGUCACAUUUUUUUCGGGUUUGACCAUUGUCUUAUUUUUUUUAGAAAAAUUUCUGUACGCUUGGAAUUGGAAAGGGAAACGUACUUGAAAUUGUACUCUAAGUUUAUUUUGAUUUUAUGAAAGUAGCAAAAUAUUAUCUCUUAAACCUUAUUGAAAAAUAAUUCAUUUCUGUGGUCAGCAAAUAGCUACUACAUACACACACGAUACUGGCGUCGACACUGAUUUAGUUCGCUAAACUAAAUUUAGAGUAAUCAGCACCUUUUCCUUUUUGAUAUUGUACUUAUAAAAAAUGGAAAAUGAAUUUUAAAUUAACAACUUGUGUUAGUGCUUCUCUAUGAAAACACUAUGCACAAGACCCUAAAGUCACGAGAUUUUAAGUUUUAAAUUAAAAUAAGUUUGUCUGUCCUUUUCUUAUUACAUUGGUAAGAAAAAGAUGCGAGUACUCUAAAAUUUAGUAGCCAUCAGAAUCAGUACCACUGUCGUCGCAAUAUUUGCCCAAACCUUUAUCGGACUAUAGAUAUAUAUAAAUAAAAGAGCGUUACGUCAUUUUAAAACAUAUUUUAUUCAAAAGUAGGUCUUAUGAGAAAAUCUUAUGAGUUAAAUGUUGAUAUUAUAUUGCUAUGUACUUAUUUUAUGUGUAAAGACUCGAUGCUUGCAUUGCAUUCCUAAAGCUCAAGACACAUUGGCGGAAAGUCAACUGUCAAAUGUUUACACAGUAAAUUGAACCUUAACUCUACUAGGUAAUGUAAAAUUUGUGUGGAGCAAAUUAAAAGAGAGCGUUCACUUUAUGUACCUAUUCAGAAAAGACACUUUGAGUUGACUCUCCUUCAUUGUGCCUAAGGGUGCAUUUCCACUAAAGCGGAGUAUCAUUUUAUUGUCUCAAUAAUCUAAUUGGUUGGAAACAUACGUCCGCUUCAGUGGAAACGCACUCUAAAGAUUGAGUAGCUAUUUAUAAGGUAUUUUGUAGUACAUGUACAGAGAUAUUAACUUUUUAUAAUGUUGUAUGAGUAUUAAAUGCAAAUACAUUGUUACAUUGUAAUAAAACAUAUUUUUUGUAAA